AUGGGCAUUCAUUCCCCGGAAGCGAACGUACACUCUGAGAAGAGGCGCGCACAUGACCUUCUGAAGCUGCAAGUUCGCGAACGAUUACUAGAGCAGCAGCAGCAGGAACAGCAACAAGAGCCACUCGAUGGGAGGCAACAGGAGAAGCAGACUGCAGAGGAGAAGCAGGCGAACGAACUGCUUAGCGAUGCAAAGACACAUGCUGUUGCUCUGGCCCGACCCAUCCCUCCUCGGCAGCAGCAGCAAAGCAGCAAGAACACCCGUGAGCAGACACACCAUCAGGGCCAGUACAAUGACCACGAACAGCUCGAGCUAGAGAGCGAGAAGGAGUGGCUUGUUGAACAGGAAACGGUGGCCUUCGUCGACGACUCGACAAGCAACAGCAGCAACCGCAACAGAUGCGACGCAACCUGCGGUAGCAGUAGCUUUACAGAGACUAGCUGCACAACUGCAGUUCUACAGCGUCGAAGGGGCUUACCGGCAUCCAGAUCCGCUACGGAGGCAGCAGCAGCAGCCUCAGCACCGACAGCGGCAAUUACUGAAGAAGCAAAAACGGCUCGCUCCCCAGAAGCAAAGAAGAGGCGAAGGGGGAAGCAAAAUGCCCCUCAGGCUUCACGUUCUGCUGCUGCUGAAGGGGGGCGUUCAGCAGCAGCAACUGCCGCUGCUAGCGAUGACUUUAGCGUGAUUGAGGUGUUCGCCUUCUCCAACCAUCAGGAACUGCGACGGCAACUUCAUCCACAACAGCAGAAGAAACAACAGAAUAGAGGAAGGAGGAAACAGGCGGGAUCAGACGAUAUAGUUUAUUUCCCAGCGUCGCCGAACCCAGGAAAGCCCGAUGCAGCAGCAGCAUCGCCAAACAAUCAUUCAGGCUCACCUGCCACCUGUAAUACUGUAACGUUGACGAAGGUGAAGACGAGAAAGCCGGCAGCAGCACCAGCAGCAACAGAAGCAGCAGCAACAGACGCAGAAGGUCGUAAGAGCAAGAGACGCAAUGCAACCGCAGGUGCAGCAAUAGGGAAGAAAGCUGGGGACUCGCCGCUGCGGCUAAAAGGCAGGAAGCAUUCAGCAGAAUCAGCGCCUCAGACACCUUUGCUGCUGCGGAGGCCUCAGGAUCCUGUAGAGUUAGCGGAGUUCUCACAGCGAGUACGCCAGAGACUGCUUUUGGUUGAGCAGCAGCUUCGGCGACUUCAGCAGGAACAACAGUACCUGCUCGCUGCUUUGUGGGAUUUGGGGCCUGCAGCCGCUGCUGCCGCUGCUGGCACUGCACGUGAGGCAUUUCCAGCACUACAACAGCGGCCUCGUGUGUCUGAGCAGCUUCUGGAACUGGAGCGCCUUGAAGAGCCGCGUUUUCACCAGAAGGAAGAGGAAGGGGAAGUGGUGCUACAGUCAGCUGGAGAUCAGCAGCAGCAGCAACAGGAUGCAUCACACAAGCUUGCAGAGCCCAGUAGUAGCAGCAAGUUGCUCUGCCAAUCACUGUCGGAACAGCAGCUGCAGCAGCAGUGGCAGCAGCUACAGUUCCAGCAGCAGCAGCUGAAGCUCCAGCAGCAGCACGUACUGUUGCAGCAGCAGCUGCUUGCUGCUGCGUUGCUGACGGACUGGGAGAAUGCCAUUCCUAGAGGAGCAACGGCAGCAUUGGCAGCAGCAGCAACAGCAGCAAAUCCUCCAGCUGAAGAAGCAUCCGCAGCAACAACCAAGUCGCCAGUGAGAUCGGAAGCACCCCUUGCAGUAGCAGCUGUCGCAGUUAGAUAUGCAGCGAAGGACCUGCCACAGGUAGCAGCAGGAGCAUCAACAGCACCACUCGCCGAUGCUCGGCUAUCUGUCCCUCUCGCAACAGAAUGCGCCUCCCCUGGUUCAGCAAGAGCAGAUGCUGCUCCAGCAAGUAAUGAAAGUUUAAGAUCAAGCCGCGGAGGUUCCCCAGAAUCAGCGGGAACCAACAUACCUGCAGCAACAGCAGCAGCUGAUGCACACGUUGCUGCUCAUCCGAGUACAACACUGUCAACAGGAGGAGAAGCGGAGGCUGCCGCUGCAGUCGCGGAGCCUGCUGUUGCUGGAGUGAAGGCCUGGCUUUCAGCAGCUGCAGGAGCAACAGCAGAGGAAAGGACGCAGCAGCCGAUAGAGGGAUCGGAGGCCCCUCCAGCAGAGAGGCAGCAGCAGCACAUGCAGAGAGAACCACGUAUAUUAUCACUUUGGAACAUAGCUAGAGCCUACAGCUCCUCCCUGCUCUGCGAGCCCUCAGUAAGGGCGGCGACAGAUGCUGCAAAUGCACUGUCUGCUGGGACCCCUGCUGCUAAUUCAUCUACUACUACUGGUGCUGCAGGCGCAGCAGUGGUAAAAGAGGCAGCAACAGACAUAUCCUCCGCAGUCCGAGGGGCCUUAAAAUUCUCAAAUCUGCUGCGUCCCCGGCUUCCUGUUGCGCCAGAUCCCGAUGCUGCUGGUUCGGCAGCUGCCGAUCCUGCUGCAUCUGCGUCACCUCUCCUUGGUAGUGGAGCUGCAGCGCCAUGCGAAGGACGCCAAGCAGCAGCAGCAGCAGACGCGGCAGCAGGAUGUAGCGGGGCCACCUCGCAAAUAUUGCUGCGAGCGGCGCGGUCCCCAACUGCAGCGCGCAGUGCCUUACCAGUUGCGGCUCGUGCUCGAUGCAUGGCUGCGCUGCCUUUAGUUGCUGCAGAAGCAGCAGAAGAUGAACAGUAUAUGUGUGUGGGCGGCCCAGGGGAUUCAGAAGACUCAGCAACUGGAGCACUCCUUCCAGCAGCCACUCCAGCAGAAACUGCAGGUGCAGAACCAACAUUAGAUGCUGCAGCUGAUCCAUCGGAAGCAAGCAUAACGGCAUCAUGGGGCGAGGCGCCUGCGCCUCCCCCGACUGCAGCAACAUUGCCACCAGCAGCUAAGCGAGAAGAGGAAGUGAGAAUACCUGAGAUGGUGUCUUCCCCAGCAGGUACAGCAGCAUCUACUGCUGCUGCUGAGUCUCCCAGCAAUCACUGCAACAGUAGUAGAGCAGACGAACUUUCUCGUUCAUUUACCGGUGCGGAUACUAGCUCUGCAGCAGCUGGUAAAGCAGCCGCUGCAGCCUCGAUGGCAGAGGAGGAGAUGGCAGCUGCAGCAGCAGCAGAAGCAGCGUGGGUAGCUGCCGGGAAAACAGACUGCGUGGGGAGCUGGUCCCUGCUGCUGCCUCCAUCGUUCGGCUGCAUUUUCCCAGAACCAUUGAAGCAGCUGCUAUUCGUGCAGCAACAACAACCGCAGCAGAUCCGAGAGGCGCUUACUCGGCUACGAAGACAGCGCGUGAGGAACAAGCUUCAGCUUCAGCAGCUGCAACAGCAGCUGCAGCAAGAGCCGCAGCGACCGCAAAAGCAGCAGCAACAACAGGUUGAGCAGCAGCAGCAUCAACAGCAACAGGUUCGGCAGCAACACCAGCGGCUGCAAGCCCUGAAUGAGGGUCUGUCUUUCCUUGAUGCCUUUCUCGUUGCAGCUCUGCGAUGCGGUGAGGAGGGUAGCAGCUGCCGCUGCUCCUCAGAGGCCUGCAAUCGCAGGGGCAGGGGCCAGCAUGCCCACCACCAGCAACAGCAGGAACAACAGCAAGAGCAACAGCAGCAGCCACAGAACCAGCAGCCAGGUCAAGUGCACCGCUCGAGGCUGCAAGGGGAUCCACUGUUGCAGCAGACCCUACUGCGGGGAGAGGCUGCACACUGUCGUGGGCAGCAACAGCAGCAACACCAGCCGCAGCGGCAGCAGCCUUCAGAGGAACCGCUGAAGCGUGCAGAGUCUCAACAACAGGAGGCUGAAGAACACCUGCAGCCACCGGAGCAGCAGCACCAGGGAACGCAGCAACCAGUGGAGACGGAAAUGUACCAGCAGCAGGAGCAGCAACAGCAGACAGAAUCUAUCGUGCCACACCCAGCUGAACAGCACAACCAGCUGCUGUUGCAACACGAGCAGCAACCAGAGCAGCUGAGACGGCAUCCGCAGCAACGGUUGGGGGAGGCCAUCUUAGGAGCGCAACAACAGCACGAGCAGCAACAACGGGACGCAAUGGCAUACGAAACGGAACGCGCAGAAGAGCAGCAAAUGCCACAGCAGGAACAAGCAGAACAGCCUAGUCCGCACACGGGGCAACCGAAAGUUGGAGCCACCGGAGGUGGAGCCACCCGAGGCCAGGAGGAGGAGGAGCUGCAGAGCGGAGUGGAGCAGGUGCAGCAGCAACAGGAAGAGCAGCAAAUGCAGCAGGAGCCAGAAGAAAUAUCAGUUGAGGAUGCACGUUCCUCUGCCGACACGCGGUCUCCUCGUGGCUUCGCAUACAGCCCAGGGAUGUGCAUGUACACUCCAGAUAGUUGCCCGGGUUCCCCCUUGAGCUGCGUAUACACCCCAGGGAAUCUUGCCGAAGCAGCGUCUGUGUCCCAGGAGGAACAGCUUGAAGAGCAUCAUGGGCAGCAGCCAUUGCAGCAAGGACAACGUGAGCAGGAGCUGCCGUUCUCAACUGACGACGGCUGUGUGUUUGCGUCAGCACAGAGCCCACCGUCCAGCAGCAGCAGCAGCAGCACGCGUCACGGGACUUCGCACUCAGGCGGCCGCCACAAGAGAAAAAACCAAGAGGCAAUUGAGCUGGUACAGCUCUCCAGCGAUAGCAGCAGCGACAGGACAAGCUGCAGCAGCCAAAGUGACUCAGAUGGAGGCUUGCAGCUACUGGAUUCCCCCUGUCCCACGGCUUUGGGGGAGUCAGCUCACGAGGAAGGGACAGCAACGGAGACAGUAGUGGAGACCAGAGAACCGGAAACGAGAGCAGCAGAGACGAGCGAAACAGUAACUGCAGCAGCAACGACAGCAACAGCAGCAGCACCACAAACAGGUGCUACUUCUGCAACGGGGACAGCAGGCACAGCAGAAGCUGCGACUGUCUCGAACGAGGCCUUCAGUGUGGCAGUAGCAGCAGCAAGGGAAACGACACCAACAAAAACGGCAGUACCAUCAGCUGCUGCUGGGAGAGAAGGCCCAGCUGCAGUGGCUUCGAAAUUGAGCGGUGUAUCGACGACAGAAGCAGCAGAGCCACCCGCAGCAGCAGCAAUAAGCGAGCAGCAUUUGCUGCUGCGCAUCGACUGGGCCAAGAUGGAAGCCAACUGUCUCCACAGAUGGCUGUCGUUCUUUGGGCUGAAGGUUGGGGGUCUUUCACAGCAACAGGCUGUUUCUAUUCUGCAACAGAUAUGCCGCUACCUCGUGACAGGCACACCAAACGCCUUGUCUGCUGCUGAUGCUGAUGUACCGGCUGCUGCUGGUGCUGAACACACAAAAAAGCCUGGGCAGCAGCCUGCUGUGGUAGCUGCCGAGACGCAAUGGCAGCAGCAGGUACCAGAUCCAGAAGCAUCAGAUCCAGCAACUUCAGCAGCCGUGGCUGCUGCCGAAGGGCCUGCUACUCAGGCUAGCAGACGGCAGAAGAGGCAGCGGCGAGGCAGCGGGAGCACUGCGAACGAUCCCAUUGCUGCUGCAGGUGUGUGUACUGCUUGCCCUUGUGCUGCUGAUUCUACGUCUGCUGCGAGAGCGCUCGUGCCAGUGGACUCCGUGGGCACAGCAGCAGCAGAGGCUGCCCCAUCUCAAUUGUGUUCUCAGCGGCAGCAGCAGGGGCGGCAAAAACGAACAGCAACAGCAGCAGAGAUUCGGGCGGCGCUUAUGCGUGAGGAUGACGCCUUCGGCGUGUACGAUCGACUACUCGCAAUGGAGCCUGUUACACUUUCAGAGAUAGAGGAAUCCCUGAAGGCUGCCCAGGUGACAGCGACGCGGCAGAGCCUACAGACCUUCUUGCGGCGAGCAGCUGUCAUGAUCGCCAACCCGUGGAGGCCGCAGCAACGGGGCCGCGGGGGCUCUUCGAAGCUCACCACCAAAGACGUACUUCUGACACCAGAUAAUUGCAGCGGCAGCAAUAUGGAAGAUAACGGAAGAUAA